UUUUUAUUGGACUUGCARUUGCAAUUCUGGAAUACCGUGUUAGCAACCCAAAAUUCACAUCCCCAUUCUAUCAGAAACUAAUAAUGGUCAUCUGGUUUCCGAUUUCGACAUUCUUUUUCCAUGAAGGAAAGAUACUUAAUAGGUGCUCCAAAAUUGUGCUUGUUAUUUGGCUAAGUAUGAUUUUCAUAGUAGUUCAGAUUUUCACAGCAACUUUAUCUUCAUGGUUGACACUAGAUCAGCUACGUCCCAGAUUGCCCUCGAGUUUCGAAAAUGUUGGAUAUCAAGAUGGUUCCUUUUUAAAAGAUCUUAUAGCGCAAAAAUCCAAUUAUUCUGGGAGGAAUAUAGUGCCCCUAAAAGGCGUUGAAGAAUUUAAAAAUGCUUUGUCCAAUGGCAGUGUAAAUGCCAUCUAUGAUGAACUUCCUUACAUCCAACUCUUUCUUGCUAAGUAUGGCUCUGAUUACAUGAAGUUUGGACCAAUAAACCAAGAAUCUGGAAUUGCAUUUGCAUUCCCUCGUGGAUCUCCUUUAUUACAGAACUUUUCUAGGGCAGUCAUAAAUGUCACAGAAAGUGAACUUAUGAUGGAAAUGAAGACAAAAUAUCUUGGGUUCUCUACUCUUGAUAAAUCACAACAAAAUCAAGCCCUUCCACAAAGUCUUGAUGUUCAGAGCUUUAUUGGAUUGUUCAUAUUCAUGGGGAGUGUGACUAUAGUUGCAGUUAUCUGGUCAGAAAUCUCCCUUAGGAGGAGAAACAACAAAAUCCUUCCCCUGACAUCAACAGAUAAUUAAAUGCAUCUCCGACAUACUACGAAUUGCUUUGGGAAACCGAUUAAAAGGAAUCAGAAUCCAAACUGCAGGCAUGUACUGCAAACCCAAAUAGGAAGUUU